UAAGAAACUUCCAGGUUUAAAAUUCCUAAAAAAUCUCACUAGGAACUAACGCUACCUUUCACCUAAGCGGUAGCAAUAGCAAAACCCUACAGUUAGACCAUGUCGGCCGCAAUCCAUGGACCUCCACCUGCGUCAAAACAGGUCUUCGUCCGUUGCUUCGCCCCAUUACCUGUCAAUUUUACUAUUAUAAAGUAUGAAAAAAAGGGAUUUUUGCAAGCAGAGUUCGCCCUAACCGCCGCCGAAAGGUCCAUAAAGAAGUAUUUGUGGAACGGAAAAACUGAUUUAAGAACUUUUCUCACAUCGCGUCAUCGUUCUCCAAGACCAAAGCCGGAGGAAGAAUCUCGAUUGGAUCCCCGUGUUUCUUUAUAGCAGUCAUGCAAUUGUAUCACCAUCCAUUCUCGCUGGACAGUCAGAAAGUACGGCUAGUAUUAGAAGAAAAAGGCAUCGAUUACACAUCAUACCAUGUAAAUCCUCUCACCGGCAAGCACAUGGAUUCAUCAUUUUUUCGCAUGAAUCCUUCUUCAAAGCUUCCCGUCCUUCAAAACGGAUCUCACAUCAUUUAUCAAGUCAUCGAUAUAAUCCAAUUGUUAUGUUUUAGGUACAUAGAGAGAGUUACCGUCUCCUUGAAUGGUGUUGACAGUAGCAUCAACGAAAAAGUUAUGCUAUGGAUGCAUCAAAUUGAAGACUGGAAUCCUAAGAUUUUCACCCUCUCUCACAUUCCAGUUAAGUACAGGCUCUUUGUUUCUAGAUUUGUGAGGAGGGUGGUGAUUGCUCGAAUGGCGGAUGCCCCUGAUCUCGCCAGUGUCUACCACGCAAAACUGAGAGAGGCUUAUGAGACAGAAAGCGAGUUGUUGGAUUCAGAUAUAGUGGAACAAAGUGAAGAGAAACUGAUUAAACUCCUUGAUGAAGCCGAAACACAGUUGAACGAGACGAAAUAUCUAGCCGGCGAUGAGUUUAGUUUAGCUGACUCGAUGUUUAUUCCAGUUUUGGCACGGCUCACGCUGCUGAAUCUGGAAAAGGAGUACAUCUUUGGCAGGACAAGAUUAGCAGAAUACUAUGAUAUGGUUAAACAUAGAUCAAGUUACAAGGUGGUGAUUGGGAGAUAUUUUUCCGGGUGGAGAAAGUAUAGAACGUUGUUGAAGACUAUCUGCUUUUUGUGCAUUAGAAGCAUGUUUAGAAAGUACUGAACGUGAUUCAAAGAUCCAAGGGUGUAAAAUGCACUGUCUAUAUGUGUAGUUAAAGAUUGCAGCAUUUAAAAUUUGGCAUUGAGUUAGUUAUAUCUGCUAAAUAAGGAAACUGGAAGGUUCAAUCAGGCCAGGUUUCUAAAUUUACCGGCUCUUGAAAAAAUCGUUUUCCUUCUUCUUUGCUGCAUGGCUUUCAUAAAAUCUGUAAAUUUAUUAUCCGAGAUGAAAAGGAGCUUUUUUUAUGUAAAGUUGCCAUCUUUUGAAAGGGUGGCUGUUUAUUUCGCAAAAAGAUUGGUGUUUUACUGCACUA